ACAAAGUACCUUCUGGUCGUUCUCAUUAUCUUCUCCCAACAACACCUCGAAACCAAAAAGAAUUUGCUUCAUUCCUCAAAACCAAAAAAGAAUUUGCUUCAUUCAAGAUCUUGAAGAUGGGAAUAAAAGUUUCAUCAAAGAUCAAAAGGAUUCUCGCAUCUACAGCUUCGGCUAGUAGUUCAAGUCCCAAAGAAGAAGAUGAUGUCGAUGUCCGAGAAGAAUAUGCAAACGCCUUCCGUACAGAAUCAUACAAUCAGUUUUGGACACGAGUCAUACAUUUAAGCCGUAAAAAAUCCACCGUGUCUUCUUCCUCAUCAUCACCAAUCGAAUCAUCCUCCACAGCAGCUCGUCUCAUGUCAUAUCGCCUCUUCGCACACAAUCUCCUAGACCCUGAUUCGAAUGCCAUAACCCGGAUACUGGAUGUAUCCCGGGUUGGACGAACCGCCCGAACUCUUCUCUCUGAUUACUUCUUGGAGACCGCAAACGCUUUCUUGCUUUGCACGCUACUACUUAAAAACAUCCAUCGUCUUCGUUCUAAAUACGAGUCUCUAAAACCUAAGUUUCAAACAGAGAAUCAUAGUUCAUUGGCUCUUAUAGACCAGUUCACUGAGCUAUCAAGAUGGUUCGAGCCGUUUAUCUCGUCGGGUUCUCGGAUCCAGCUAAUCAGAUGCGGCUGUCUAGACUUGCUAAAACGGUUAGAGUCCAGCCGAGACAAGACACGAGCUAAACUCAAGCUCAUCAACGGACUAACUCAUAGCUCAGGGCUCCUCGUUCUGGCUCUAACCACUACAUUGAUAGUAACCAUAGCCUCUCACGCCUUCGCUUUGUUUAUAGCCGGUCCAACUCUUCUAACCGGUCGAUUCAAACCAGCCGGUCUAAGGAACAAGCUAACGAAAACAGCGGCUCGGCUCGACGUGGCUGCGAAAGGUACUUACAUAUUAAGCCGUGAUUUAGACACGAUAAGCAGACUAGUAACACGGAUAAACGACGAAGUGGACCAUGUUCGAGUGAUGGCUGAGUUUUGGGUAGGGAGAGGGUCGGGUAGGGUUCGAGGGAGUGAAGAAGUGGGUCGAGAGUUGAAAAGAUGUGAAGAAAGCUUUGGUGAAGAACUUGAUGAGCUUGAAGAACAUAUCUACUUGUGUUUCAUGACUAUCAAUCGUGCAAGGAAUCUUGUUGUUAGACAGAUUUUGGAUUCUGAUGGUCCACCUAAUUGCUCAUUCGCUCCCAAAUCCAAAACAAAAUUGUAGUAUUUCUUUUUUUUUUUCCUUGUUGAUUUAUUAAUUAUUAUUGUUUGUUUUUAUACUAAGAAACAAAUCCAUUACAUAGUUUUUUGAAUUUUUAGUAUAUUUGUAAGAAAAAUAGCAAUGUCUUUUUCAUUAAUGUGUAACACCCACACACACUUUCCUUUUAUAUAAUAAAAAUG